GCGGUGGAAUACGAGGCCUCGUUGGCACGUCUUCGAGCACAACUAGCUUGCGUAACCGAGGAGCGCGAUAUACUUGCUCAGCGUCUGAAUCUCUCAGCUGACUCCUCCAGUGCGGUCCAGGUGGAACCCACCGCGACCGAAGAGUGUCAGAACUUGGCCACGUCUGAAUAUCCUCCCCCCAGUUUGCCUACGGACUCCUCCAGCAGAAAGUUGUCUACUAGCUCAGGGCGUCCAGUCAUGGGUUUGAGUAGGCAUCUGCAAACAAAGCAACUACAAAUCUGUGAUCCAAUCCCGUUUGUAUCUGACACGGGAUCAAAAAAUACACCUGGAGUUGAUCUUCGGCACGUUGAUCCCCGUUCAGAUCCCCCAGUCGAAAAUGAGUCUGGUUGCUUCAAGGAAGUAGCAACGGUGGAUAACAUAUACGAUCUGCCUGAACCAGAAUGGGUUACACAGUCUUUGAGACAUUUUGGAGAAAAUUUUUCCGGUGUGACUGAUGUGACUGGAGCAAAACAAUCUGCCAAUUCAGAGUUUACGCCGCCAGCCACAGCGGCAGCAGAACAGUCGGAAACAUUCGACCAGUUGUGGCUUGAAGCAGAAGAUUCCGUUCUUCGUGGCCCACUAUCACCCCGUGCUCUCCUACAAUUCCUCUCGAGUCUUUCCAAACUGACGCCCUACCCUCGUUUGGCUGAUGUGGCGAACUGUGCUCAACUGACCUGGUCGCGCCUGCUUGCCACACUGUCAUGCCUCCAGUCAGAUUGCCUAGUAUUACAAGCCAAUCUGGCUGAAGUCAAGGCCACAGCAGACCGGAUACAGUGUCAGAUGAAUCAGAUAGAUGCCAAUUGGAGUGCAACGCUGAGAUGCGCCCAUCUAGCUGAUGCUUGUCUGGAAGUUGCCGACUGUUUGAAUCAGUUGGCUUGCAAACGUUUCGUCACCAUACGAGGAGAUAUCAUCAGUGCGCAGUUGGGUGGGUUGUACUGGGUUGCACUGAUGAUAUCUCCUCGUAUGGUGACGAAACGUUUGCAAGCCAAAUGCCAAGCUCGGCGAACAGAUCAACAGCCAUCUGAUCAACAACCAACAAGCGUAAGCCUGUUUUACCACAUUACCAAUGAUCUAGUUCGUCGUGGUCUUACUUCAGUGGCAUUAUUAUAUUGUACUGAACUGGCGAUCGUGCUGUACCGCCAGAAUCGUAAGAUGCUCAUCUCGGGCCGCGGCUGCUCCACAUUAUCCUCUUCUACCUCAUCGUCAUCGUUUCCGGGGCGCCACAUGAAAGCUUCUGGUGGUAGUUCGAAUGGAAUCAGUAAAUCGAUCAACCAGAUGCCUUCGACUACAACUCCCUCACUCUCAUCCACCUCUCCAUAUCACCCUUAUGCUGUGUACGCCGUUCCUGGUUCCUUUGGCACCGAGAGCAAUGAUAUCUCAUCCGUUGGAUUAUCUGGUGUUCACCUCACACUAAAAAACCUUAAGCUUUACAGACAUCAAGCUGAGCUAGUUGCACAUUCCUUAUUGGACCGCUACGAUCUGACAGACACAAAUCCGGAGAGAAUCUACCCUAUCACCUCCUCCACAAAUGGCGGUUUACCUUCACUUUCGCGCGCGUUUUCUCGUCCUCCGCAAGCACCACUGAGUCCAGGCAUAUUCUCAACCAUCAACUCCCCACCGUGUCCCAAUAUUCCGUCUACCCAUAGCCUUACUAACACCAGUCUGUACGCCAACUCCUGGUAUGUCAGUCUUGGUCGACUAGGCCACAGUGCGGCGCUCACCACCGCAGCUCAUUGUGAACAAACCUCUUUGGGAAGCUGUGCUGGCUCUGGAUCUUUACUAAGCAAACCUGCAGGCAUUACUUUACUGCCCUUCAGUCCGGCCCGUAACUCUACAAAAUCUUCUGGCCACCACUCUAACGCUGUUCCGGAGAUGAGUGGCGGCUGGCAAACGCCCGACUCAGGAGCCGGCAGUAGUGGCACGAAUGAAGUGUUACAACAGCCCACCUUGUUACAUCAUCCGUUUUUCCCUACGUUCAGUUGUCUGGCCCCAGGAGGCUGUCACAUUGAACCCAACUCCUAUUCAACUUUGUUGGAUUUGCUGCCUCCGCUGUGGGCCAGUCCCUUACACCGAAACGACGAGCACCUGAUUUGUGUUGACACGGAUUCAGACUCAUCAGAUUCAUCAGAUGCCAUCAGUACAGCGGCAACAGGGUCCAAAAUUCCCGAACCCGUCGAUGCAUCAGAUCCACACGCUCUACAUUUAUCCACGUGGACAAGGGUAGAAGAACGUAAACUACGUAGCCUGCUUCACUACUUGAUGCAUGCACGUCGGUUGGUGCAAUCAACUAUGUCAGACAUGCACAUGUUCGCCACUAACAGUGAAGAGGAGAACGAGAGCCGUCGCACAUGUGAAUCAGUAAAAUCACAGGAAGAAUUUGGAAGAUUAUUGAGUUCAUCCGCCAUAUCGUCACUGGGGAAACUAUCCCUCAACGUGUUAAUCGAAAGCUCGGUGUUGUUACAAGAGUUAUGUCACGUGAAAGAAGAGCGAGCCGAUCUCAACGCUCGCCUGUAUCUGCUUGAAAAAGAGCUUCACGCCAACCGCCUGGCGUUGGAGAGUCACAUGGCUGCUGAACAAGCCCUACGUGCACAUUUAGAUGUUCUGGUCACUGAACAAAAUUACCAGUUACAAAAGACAGAUGGUUCGACGGAGGUGGACAAAACUGUAUGUUUGCGCACCGGACAAUCCGAAACCAGCCUGUUGCGCGGUCAGGUUAAGAACCUACUUCAGGCUUUAGAGGCCCUGAGACACAGCACCGAACUUCAACAACUGCAGAGUGAAGAAUUGGUGGACGAUUUGAAACGGGCCAACACGGCUUUGAUUGGAGCGUUCGACAAAGCGAAGCACAAGUACUUGACUCGCAUCCGGAAGCUAGAGGAUCAGAUCGGUUCGAUCUCCAACAGCACAAGUGAAAAACGAACAGUCCUUUCAAAACCAGUUUCAUCGUGCGCACCCAUUUCUAUGCCCCCCGAUACUUGUCUAGUUUCCACCAAGUGUAAAGAAAGUAUGAUCAACAUCCGUAACAAGCCAGUACCCCCAACCGUCCGUCCCACAACUACUAUUCGAAGUACGAACGCUAUGAACAUGGUGCCCUACAUAAACAGUACUAUUCCGAAUAUGCCGGUCCAAGGUGGUUCACUCAGGCUAUCAUGCCCUGAUCCUGUCCAGUUAAGCCGACCUUUACCCGCGAUUCCACAUACCCAGCCACCUAAACCUAGACAGUUAACUCCAGCAUACAUACCCAAACCGCAGCAUACAAAAGGAAAUACAGUCUUCCCGUCAAAUAAAAUCCCUCCGGGAAACAUGCUACCUCCUCAAAGAGCCCCUUAA